AUGACUGACAACAAAGAGCGUACCUUCAUCAUGAUCAAGCCUGAUGGCGUCCAACGUGGACUCGUUGGUCAAAUUAUCCAAAGAUUUGAAAAUAAAGGCUUCAAGCUCGUCGCCAUGAAGAUGGUUUGGCCAACUGAAUCCCUUCUGAAAGAGCACUAUGCUGAUCUUUCUUCAAAACCAUUCUUCGGAGGUCUCAUCAAGUACAUGAGCUCUGGUCCAGUCGUACCCAUGGUUUGGGAAGGUUUGAACGCUGUCAAAACUGGCCGUGUUAUGCUUGGUGAAACCAACCCUAAAGACUCAGCUCCAGGUACCAUCCGUGGAGAUUUCUGCAUCCAGGUUGGACGCAACAUUAUUCAUGGAUCAGACUCUGUUGAUUCAGCAAACAAGGAAAUCAAAUUGUGGUUCGGUGAUGAGAAGAAGAAGGAGGUUGUUGACUGGGCUUCGUGGGCCGAGAAAUGGAUCUACGAAUAAGCAAAAGAUCGAAUAUUAAUUUUUCAUUCCAUUUUAAAAAAAUGAAUUGAUCAAAGAUCAUUUAUACUGCCUUUGAGGUGGUUAGUGAUAAAUGUACAUACUCAAACCAUGUGGCAAAUAAAAAAUGUUCAAUUUUA